CUGCUCCCCUGUCACGUGACAGAGGUGAUGGUUACUUUGCGGCUGGUGAUGUGACAAGGCAAACCGAACCCGCUGCUCCUAGCACUGGUUAGCAGGUUUGUUGACUUUCGCAAUCCUUCUUUCCUCCGUAAAAUCACAGCAGUGACACGAAAAUGGACAAUAGCGGGAAAGAAAAGGAAGCAAUGGCUUUAGUGGCUGAGGCUGAAAAGAAAAUGAAGUCAUCGCAGUCGUUUUUCGGAGCGCUGUUUGGGGGUUCCUCCAAGAUGGAAGAGGCCUGUGACAUGUAUGUGAGGGCAGCCAACAUGUACAAAAUGGCCAAAAAUUGGUGUGCUGCAGGAAAUGCUUUUACCCAAGCUGCUCGCCUUCACCUCCAGAUGCAGAGCAAACACGAUGCAGCGACUAACUACAUAGAUGCUGGAAACGCCUUCAAAAAAGCAGAUCCACAGGAGGCCAUAAACUGCCUAAACCGAGCUAUUGAGAUAUACACUGAUAUGGGGCGCUUCACCAUUGCAGCCAAGCAUCACAUCACCAUUGCUGAAAUAUAUGAGACAGAGCUGGUGGACAUCGACAAGGCCAUUGCUCAUUAUGAACAGGCAGCAGAUUAUUACAAAGGUGAAGAAUCCACCAGUUCAGCAAACAAGUGCCUUUUGAAAGUAGCGACCUAUGCAGCUCAGCUGGAGCAGUACCCAAAAGCGAUUGAGAUCUAUGAACAGGUUGGAACCCAUGCAAUGGACAGUACGCUCCUGAAAUACAGUGCCAAGGAUCACUUCUUCAAGGCAGCGCUCUGUCAUUUCUGUGUAGACAUGCUGAAUGCAAAACUUGCUGUGCAGAAGUACGAAGAAAUGUUUCCGGCCUUUUCAGACUCUCGAGAAUGCAAGCUGAUGAAGAAACUUCUAGAUGCCUAUGAAGAACAGAAUGUGGAAGCCUAUACCGACUCGGUGAAGGAAUACGACACCAUUUCACGGUUGGACCAGUGGCUCACCACUAUGCUUCUCCGCAUCAAGAAAACCAUACAGGACGAUGAGAGUGACCUUCGCUGACUUCCCUCCGUGCUCAUCCUCAAGCCCUCAACAACAGACUUGCGUUCUUCUUUUUGCCUUGAGCUUCUCACUUCCACUCUAGCAGCGAUCUUAAUGUUUUGACCAUUAGCCCUUAUAUUCCUUCACAAAUGGAAUGUGUUUCUUUCCUACCCUCUGCAAUAUUUUCUUCUUGCCUUUUUAAUCUGCUCAUCUCAAUGCUCCAAAAAUGGUCUUUAUAGGUAUGAACACUAUUUUCCUGAGUGCCCACUGCACACAGUAUGUUAGUUGUAUAUUGUUUUGAUACAGGUAUUGGCCUAACAUUCGUUAAAAUAUUCGUAAUGGGCUGCAAUACCAAAUACUCAUACCAGCAUACUUAUAUGAUAAAGGUUUUAUGUGAUUUUUCUUGUAAUAAAAUGGAUGAGAUGCCAAUUUACUAACAUUUCGAUUUACAAAAUAUAUUUUCCAGAAUUUAAAUAAGCUUAACUGACCAAAAAGUCGAUAUAGAUUAAAGCACACACACUGGUUUUUGGUACUUUGGAGUGCUCCAGUAUACUGUAGGUCAUAUCAGGGCACCUCUCACUAAACAGCACUUCAUCUCAGCUGCAGAGCUCCUCUCCAAGCAGAGAGGCCAAGAGUUUCUGAGGUUAUUCCACGGCAAAUACCCCCUCUGCCUUAAACUGGGAAGUUCUCAGGAUGUGAACAGCUAGAUUUGAUGAAAAAAAAAAUUGUCAUGCUUUUAGAAAAGUUAGCAAUUCUUUUGCUAAUUGAUUUUUUUUUAAGUGCUUUUAUUUGCAAAAGAAGGUCAUCAUCUUUGUGAACAUUUGCAUGGUUUGGUAUGGAUGAGAAAACUAGAGCAGCCGUUUUCCACUGUAUAGGAGUUAUUUCUCAAGUGUUUUUUGUGAUUGUCUGAUUUGUAUUCUUUUUCUGUCAUAACUAACCAGGCUGAAAAAAAAAAGGCCUGCACGAGAUGCAAUACAUGGAAGAAAAAGGAGCUUUACUGAUCUGAACACUGUGCUCAUGUACCAUCCCAAUGACGUUGUCAAAAGACAAUUGGUCUUAAAUAAUAUAAUAAUAUUAUAAAUAAUUUGUUCGUCAGUGAUGUUUCCUGUCAAAUGUUUGAAUAAACCUGUCGCAGACGCACAGAA